CAGAAAGGAGCCGCUGAUCUGUAGGUACCUGGCCAUAACCUGCGGCGCGGAAUUCUACACCGCAAAGUUGAGCGGCAACUAGUUUCCCUUCAUAUCCUUGUCAGCAUGUAUGACAUGCAAGCACUGGAGACCCGGCCGAGGGUACUUAUGUGCAAUUGUUGUAGCACUCGUGUCCCGCCAUUCCCCGAUUAUUGUGUGCAUCAUGUCGCUCAAAACUGUGGUAUGUCUGAGCGUAGAAUCAGCUCAUGCUUCAUUCGGCAGUUGUUCCAUGAGCCCAGUCGCCACCGCAGUGUUGAAGUAUGAGACUGUAUUGGCGAAAUCAGGACAGAUGGUGACUAUCUCAUGUUGCUUCAGUACCAUAGUGGCAUGUGAAUAUAAGAUGGCAUAAGAUUGAGAUACGGAUCACACCUCUGGAACAUGGCAAUGAGGGUCAUCGCAAGCCGGCCAUGUACCUACCGUCUGACAUCCAUGCCUUAUCCUGUAAUCUUUCGCAUG